GACACCACAGAACUGCCCACAAUACAUAAUUUGCUCACCGUUCAAACCCAACCACUGGGUCAGUCUCAAUCGACGGUGAUUAGAGCAUCAGGGCUGUGAUGAUCAAGUGAUCAAUCAUGUGGGCCAGCUCGAAAACGGUGCUUUACUGAAAUUACAGCAUCAGUGGAGAAGUGGGAAUGGGAUUUGGCUUGGACUUCAAGCCAUUUUCAGGGGUUAAAGUCAGAGAACGUGAUGAUGGCGGAUGGAUGAUGCUGAUGAUGGUUAUGAUAAGGCUUUUUAAUAUAUUCGUCUUUAUUUGCGUCGUUUUUUAUGACAAAACAAAGAAAGAAAAUUAAAAAUUGAGCGUGGGGCAAUGAGAAAUCGGUAGUCUUCAGGUCUUCAAUGGGUCAGGGUCCGCCACCUUUAAUUUUGUCAGCUUCCAAAGGUGGCUGCACCUCUUUCCGCCUCUCGCCGCUUCCCUUCUCCGCGCUUCUCUCUCUCUCUCUCUCCCCUUCUCUGCUUGCUCCAUCUUCCAUGUGCGCAGUUGUCUUGGCUGGUUGGAGCUCAGUAGUGGAUGCUUCAAACGUUUGGGCCAUUGGGUUCGAUUUUGAGGGAUUUUCGCCUUGACUUUUUUGUUUUUGGCUCGGAUGUGCUUCAGAGAAUCGAGAUAGACCUAGUGAUAGAGUUUCAAGAUAGAGGGGGUUGAUACCUUGAAUAGAUAGGGCCCAAGCGUUGAACACCAGUUUUCUUGUAAAUAAAGAAGGAUUUGGCUGCAUGCUGAAAAGACUACGUGCCAUUGAACAGAUUUUGCUCUCUAAUUAUGAAUACAGAUGGGUUUGUUCGCCUUGAUGGUCACAAAGAAUUAUGGGUUGAGGUGGUUAAUGCAGAGAAACAGUUAUGGGCAUUACUCCAUUCUAAAGGUCUGCUGCACCCUGAUGUUCAGGAUUUGUACCACAAAACCCGCACUGUCUAUGAGAAAAUCAUUUUAGAUGAUCAUCAGAUAAGGAAACUCAAUGAUGUUGAAUAUUCUUUGUGGAAGCUUCACUAUAAGCAUAUCGAUGAAUUUCGUAGAAGACUACGGCAAAGUUCUGCUAAUGCAGAGAACACAAAAUCGGCAAUGCCACAUGAGACUAUCAAUGCACAGAAUAGGAAUGACAAUCUUUUAGAAAGAUUUAAGUCAUUUCUAUUAGAAGCAAUGGAAUUUUACCAAGAUUUGAUUACAAAGAUCAGAGGAAGGUACGGACUUCCAGAAGGACCUCUUUUCCAUGAAAAUGGUGGCAUCUCCAGUUCUGUUGAAAUGUCAAAAUUGCUCGAGUACCAAUUUUCAUGCCAUCGUUUUUUAGUGUGUCUGGGAGACCUUGCUAGGUACAAGGAACUUUAUGAAAAGCCUGACAUUCAAAACUGUAACUGGUCAGUUGCAGCCACCUACUACUUAAAAGCAACAAGAAUUUGGCCAGAUAGUGGAAACCCCCAAAAUCAGUUGGCAUUAUUGGCCACAUAUCUUGGUGAUGAGUUCCUUGCUUUGUACCACUGCAUAAGAAGUGUGGCUGUUAAAGAACCUUUUCCUGAUGCCUGGGAUAACCUUAGUUUACUGCUUGAAAAGAACCAAUCAUCUCAUUUCAGUUCCCUUUCUACUGAAGCUGACUUUAAUUUCCUAAAACCGUCUGAAAGAAGCAACAUGCAGUCUAAAUCAAAGAUUGCUGAUGGUUUGCCAAAUUGUAGUGUCUUGAAACCAUCAGAAAGUGUUCACUCUUCAGAAACCAAAUCAUGGUCUCUCAUUGUUCGAAUGAUAAAUUUCUUCUUCCUGAAAUCCAGAUUGGAGGACUUCCCUUGCAUUUUUGCAUCCACCAUGGAGGAGUUGGAAGCAUUGAUGACACAGGAUGACAUAAAACUAAAAGACAAUUUAGAGUGCUAUCAGCAUAUGGAUUCAACAAGAGCAGGCCCUUUUCGAGCUCUUCAAUUUGUUUCUAUACUCAUCUUUGUCACUGAGAACCUCAUGGAAAGACCAGAGUUGAAAGAGGCAACAGAUAACAGAGAUAUACAGCAGCCUGUGUUGAUGAAAUGGGGAUUGGCUGCUACAUUCAUUUGCAUGGGUCGCCUUGUUGAUAGAUGCUUGAUUAGUAAUCCUGCAUGUUCUUGCCCACUGUUACCAGCUGUGCUGGUAUUUGUGGAGUGGCUUGUUGGGAGGCUUUAUAAAGUGGAAACAUAUGGGACCAAUGGUGAAAGUACUAGUGCUAUGUCUUACUUUUUUGGUAGUUUUUCUGACUUUUUGAACCAGUUUGAUGACAUUAAGGAUGAAGUCUCCUUCCCAGACUGUACUGCUCUAUGGGAAGAUUAUGAGUUGCAGGGCUUUGAACCAUUAGCUCCUGCACAUAAGGCGUUAGAUUUUUUGGCUCAUCUGGGAUGUGGAAAUAGUUAUGAAAGUGGAAAUGUAUCUCGUACUCACCGCAUCAUUCAUGCUGCAAAAAAAAUUGUUAAUAGAUCAAACAAUUCUCAAAAGUGGAUCUUAUACGAUAUAACAGGAAGAAAAUUCUAUGUUCCAGAGUCAAAUAAAUUCCCUGGGAGGAGAGAAUCUGAAGCAGUGGAGUCCAGUUCUAAUCUUAAAGUAAUAGAAACCAACAAACUGACUAGCGGAGGCAUGAAAAAGAGUGAGAAACAGAUACAUGGAGAAGAUCAGAUUAACUCCUGUUUGAAUGGCCAAUCUGUUGCCAUGGAAGAGGAAGAAGUCAUUCUCUUCAAGCCAAUCACAAGAUAUAAUUCAGAACCGAUUUGUACUUCUAUUAGCACAAAUGAUCAGAAAUCUCCAGAAGGCAUAGGGAACCAAAUACCACCUUCUGAAGAAUGCUUGCGUCGUGCCUCAUCUCUUCUUUCUGCACAAAACCCGACCCGCAUUGAUCCUCUAACUUCUACUAGUGUUACUAACUUCAGAUGCAUUAAGCCACUACAACAGGAACCUGUUCCGAAAGAUUCAGCAGCAUCCCUGUUUUUGGAAAGGCCUGUCUUGACUGGGCCUCCCUCUCUUAAUGCUUGGGUCCUCGAUAGAGGAAGUUUGAUCGCUGACAGAGUGAAGGGGACAAGUGAGUUACGUAAACAUGGAUCAAAUCCUGUUGAGGAUGCUUCUUCCUCAUCCUUGAGUGGUCUCUCCAUUAGCGAAACUGAGGAUAUCGUCUUUGAUUCUGGACAUAUUUCUGCAAGCACUCCUUACUCUUCUCCUCCUUAUUCGGUUCCACUGCCUUCUGCACCAUUACUCCCUGAUGAUGCUGUUUGGUUUAGUGGUGAUUCAUCUAGUUUUCCUCAGUGCAAUAGCUCAGUGGGCAUGAGUGAAACAGAUAUGUUUGUCAAUGCAUCACACCUAAAUGGCUACUCUAAUUGGAGUGCUGCUCAUGGGCCACUAGGUUUUGGUACUGGAAUUCCAGGUUUUAUUGAUGGAUACCCGCCACCAUUAAUUGGAAUGACAAACAACUUUGAAAGGUUUCAGCACUACAAAAAUGAUCAGAAUCUGGAGUGGUCUAAUAAUGUCAUGUGGCCAGUUCAUUUUAAUACAGCGGGGGGGAACCUUGGGAACUUCCAGAAUCAAGAUGCUUCCAGGUUUGGACUUUUUGACAGAUGGGGAAAUCCUUUGGCUCCCAACUCUAUGGUAUAUCUGGAAAACCCACCAGUGCAUCCUGGCUUUCCUCUUGUCUAUGGUGCAGGUGAAGAAAAAAGGGAGAAGCUCUUCCAUGGUUAUCAAAAACAAAGCCCUUAUGUCUCUGGUGCUGUGACAGAGCUAAAAGCUGAGCAGCAACCACUUCUGCAAUAUCUAAAAGAGAGAGAAUGGGGGCUGCAGCGGGAGGCGCAAUUGAGAGGCCCUACUGCAUGAAACACCUAAUAUAGGCAUCUCCUCAAAUUUUCAUGGCUUGAUUUGGGUUGUCAUCCAUGGUUUAACUUAUGCCAUGGGUCUCACUGUCAACUGAAAAUGUUAUACAUGCUUCUGUAUAUAUUUUUUUAUUGUAUUUUACAUCCUUGCAGUCUGUAGAGGAGGAAUUUUGAUGUGGUGCACAGGGAAAUUUCUCCUUUUUCGCCA